UCCCGAUUCUCUAUUCACCGGUAAUUCUCUGUUUCCUCCUUAUUGUACAAGAAUCAAAAUUCAAGAUUUAACCAGGAGAAAAAACAGUCAGACAAUAUGCUAAUUGAUGCACCCUCCCCAGUUUCUGGCCCUGUAUGUGUUACAGGUGCCGGAGGUUUCAUUGCAUCUUGGAUGGUUAAAACUUUGUUAGAGAAAGGUUACACUGUCAGAGGAACUGUUAGGAACCCAGAUGAUCCCAAGAACUCACAUUUAAGAGAUCUUGAAGGUGCAAAAGAUAGGUUGAUAUUGUGUAAAGCUGAUCUUCUUGAUUAUGGUAGUCUUCUUGAUGCCAUUAAUGGAUGUGAAGGUGUUUUUCAUACUGCUUCUCCUGUUACGGAUGAUCCAGAACAAAUGGUGGAGCCUGCAGUAAAUGGAACAACUAAUGUGAUCAACGCUGCAGCUGAAUCAGGUGUUCGUCGCGUUGUAUUCACGUCUUCCAUUGGAGCUGUCUAUAUGGAUCCAAAUAGAGGUCCAGAUGUUGUUGUAGAUGAGAAAUGCUGGAGUGAUCUUGAUUUCUGCAAGAAUACCAAGAAUUGGUAUUGUUAUGGAAAAGCAGUGGCAGAAAAAGCAGCAUGGGAAGUGUCAAGAGAGAAAGGUGUGGAUUUAUUAGUAAUAAAUCCGGUGCUAGUGUUGGGACCGCUUCUUCAACCAACAGUCAAUGCAAGCAUAGUUCACAUACUCAAAUACUUGACUGGUUCGGCUAAAACGUACGCAAACUCUGUGCAAGCCUACGUUCAUGUCAAAGAUGUGGCCUUAGCUCAUAUUCUUGUUUACGAAACUCCAUCUGCCGAGGGGAGAUAUUUGUGUGCCGAAAGCGUACUUCACCGUGGUGACAUUGUUGAGAUUCUCUUAAAGUUCUUCCCUGAAUAUCCCAUCCCAAACAAGUGUUCAGAUCAAGUUAGACCAAGGGUUCAACCAUACAAAUUCUCGAACAAUAAGCUCAAGGAUUUAGGGCUUGAAUUCAUUUCGGUGAAACAGAGCUUAUAUGAAACCGUGAAAAGUCUUCAAGAGAAAGGCCAUCUUCCGCUUCCUACUCAUCCUGAAGACAAUACUCUCCGCAUCAACACUUGAUCAACUUUAACUUUUAGAUAGUGUGACAUUUGUGCUAGUUACGGAGGAACGGGUCUGAAUUCGUAUUUCAUUUUAACUGGCUUAUUAUUUACAUGAGAGAUAUUGUUAUGGAAAAAAUAGUCCAAAUCAUCCUUUUUAAAUGUAUCGAUUAUAUAUUUGAAGUAUUAUGAGAACAAAUAUAUAAAGAGUAUGAGAGGUGCUACACUUACUGAAAAUACAUCCCGUGAAAUAUCCCUAAGAGGAAAUCAAGGGUAGUCAAUAAGCGGUGCCAGCAUCAGGAUUGGUAAAUGUAAAAUGAGUCUUCUUUUUUUUUAUAAGAAAACGGUCAAAAACUCGACCUGCAAAAUUACAUCCUACGAAAGGUUGUUUCAUCUUCAGUGGUUAUUACGUUCACUCCAUUGAGUUGUUGUAAUAAACUGUUGACUUCCUCA